GAUUAAAAAAUUUCUUUACCCCACCCGAAAAAUCCUCUGCAGACCAAAUUCUCAUUCAUAACAGAUCAUAACAGUACUUUUUAAUGAAAACACAUUUUAAUGUUGUGAAAUAAUUUUGAAAACAAGGAUUUAUUGUUAUUUUAUCAACCCUUAAACAGCAGAGGCCAAAGUGCAAUUAUGAUCAAGUUCAUUUUCCUUUUCAACAAAAUUGGAAAACCAAGAAUAGUUAGAUUUUAUGACAAUCCUCCAGAAUCCCAAAGAUUAACAGUUCAAAAAGAGGUUUCUAAUGUUUGCUUAGCACAUUCAAAACAGGAAGGAAUACUAGAUUAUAAAGAUUACACUUUAGUAUACCGUCACUAUGGUAACUUAGUUUUUGCUGCAGGAAUUACAGAAGAUGAGAAUGAACUAGCAGUCCUUGAAUUGCUACACAAUUUGGUGGAAACAUUGAUGAAGUAUUUAAAUAAAGUGUCAGAAGCAGAUAUUAUAUUAAAUAUGGACAAAGUUCAUAUGAUUCUGGAUGAGAUGAUAAUUGAAGGAUACAUUUCAGAAACUAAUCAAAGUAGAAUUCUAGCUCCUCUACAAUUAUUGGAUACAGUUAGGAAAUAAUCAAUAAAUAAACAUGUUUAGAGGGACAGAUCUCUGCUCUGCAUGCAGAAAGUUAAACAGAAAUUUGGUUCAUCUGUAUUUUAGCUGACAUGGAGAAAAAGAGACAGGUGGCGUGCAUACAUAAAUGUCUAAAAAUGAAGAAUGCUCAACAAUAAUGUUGAUUCUGAUGCUGUGAAUUAAUGCGAAGCAAGGAAAUAAGAAUCAUUUGAGCUAUUAUGGAGUGAAACAUGAAGGAACAUGUUUGAGAACAACAGGCAUGGAUAAAAAAAAUCAUCUCUGAAAGCAGUAAUCCUAUUAUCUCAUUGGAACUCUGAAGUUACUGGCUACAAAAGAGUUUAAAGAUGCAUGUUCCUUUAUAGAUCUAUAUACAGAUCUGAAACAAACUUUAGCUACUUGAAGUAUUUCAAUUGCUGGAUGGUGCAUGGAAAUAUGGAGAUGAAACUAGUGUAAAAAAAAAUAUAUCACAUUUUAUGCUCAGUGACAAAAAGUAUUUCCAUUGAAGU